GUGUGGUUCGUCACUCUCGAAAUUUCUCCGAUCCCUAAUAGCACAAUUUCUGAGUUUUCCCAUUUUUCCCCUUUCGUGUUGAGAAUAGGGUUUCUCGUCGAUUCACCGACUCAGGAAUCCGUCUUUGCAGCCAUGAUUUCCGAUUCAAUUACCAAAGCUUCGAUCCCGAUGGCCGCUGCUAACCCUAAGGAUUUAGCCAAGAAAAAGAAGGCCCAUCGUUCAGCAAAGUUGAAGCAGUACAAGCUUGAUGCCCGGCGUGAACAGUGGCUUUCCCAGGUGAAGAAUAAGGGGACAAAGGAGGAGCUGGAUUGUCUAGGAGGGCGUUGUGGGAGUGUGAAAGAUGAGAACGAUAGGGCUCCAUGUAUGAAUAAGUUAGAGAUAAACCCCAGGAAGGUGGAAGAAGACAAUGAAGGUUCGAUUCACAAUUACAGUGAUUUGGACUCUCCUGCUAACAGUCCCACAAACUAUUCAAGUAGCGACUUGGGUGGAAAUUAUUCCAGUACAAACUUCACCGGAAGCAGCGGCAGCAGCAACAGCAGCCAAUGUUGGUCAGGGAAUAUGAGUGAAGAAGAAGAAGAAGAAGGGAAUGAUGGGUGUCUGGAUGACUGGGAGGCCAUAGCUGAUGCUUUGGCUGUCACGGAUGAGAAACACACAGAUGGCCACAGUUCUAGCUUGGGUUUGAACGAUAAUGGCAAUCCAUCAGGCUCACAGUCAGAGCUGACCGGUAAAGACGAUAAUACAAAGGCAAAAUGCAGAGCAUGGAGGCAUGAUGAUGCAUUUCGUCCUCAGUCCCUUCCCAGUCUAUCCAAGCAGUAUAGUUUUCCCAUGAAUACUGAGCGGCGAGGGUCUGCUUGGGGGAAUAUGUCAUCAGCACCCAAAUCGUGCCCUAUAUGCUGUGAAGAUUUGGAUUUCACGGACACGAGUUUUCUCCCUUGUUUGUGUGGGUUUAGGCUCUGCCUCUUCUGUCACAAGAGGAUCCUUGAGGAGGAUGGGCGGUGCCCCGGUUGCAGGAAGCAGUAUGACGAGGUUGGGGGCAGCACAUCCUCGUUCCGGCUGUCUCGAUCUUUUACAAUGAUUUCAAGGCCAUAAGGAAGAAUCUCAUGUGUGUCAGUUCCUUGUUUCCAUUGUUUACAAAAGUGUGGUCUUUACUCUCUUGUUUAGACUGAUUUUUCAUGGUAGUGAAAAAUAGGGCAUUAUAAAGAAAGAAAGAUCCUUGUGUGGAAUUGUUCCGAUUCCCUUAUGUUGAUGUGUUGUGGAUGGCCAUAGAGGGUUGCGGGUGUAGUAAGGUAAGUUGGCGGUAUAGAAAUUCAAUAUGUGGAUUUGGACUACAAUAAGGUUCUCUUUGGUAGCUUGAAUUUGCACUUUGUCAUAUCAAUAAAGUUCUCUUUGAUAU